ACCUGCGCCUACCCCCCUCGUCCUCGAGAUAUUUUGCAAUGCCUUCACAAAUAUCUCGUUGGCCCACGGGGCACACGGCGCCAUCAGCAAUCGCGGCGUCCCCUCUCGCGCGCGCGGCGCGCCAUUAUAGCACGGCGCACGGCACGCCUUCGGUCUCCCACUCACUGCCCAGAGGACGUUCUAGCUAGAGACGUACGUGACAGCGAGGAGGAAGGAAGAAAGGCAGGGAUCGACAUGUCGAGGCCCAACAGGAGCGACGCGCACCUCUCCGCCGAGGACGAGGCGACGCUGGAGGCCGAGGUGCGGGGGUACUACGACGACGCGGCGCCCAAGCGCCACACCAAGCCCUCCCGCAGCGAGCACUCCGCCGUGUACGCCGACGCGCUCGUCCCGGACGCCGGCGGCAACACCCCUCCGGAGCUCGACAAGUUCCAGGAGCUCGAAGCCCACACCGAGAGGUUGGUGUACGACGGCGGCAAUGUCGGAGAGGAGUUCGUGGAGACGGAGUACUACAAGGACCUCGGCGGCGUCGGCAAGCAGCACCACACGACCGGAACGGGCUUCAUCAAGAUUGACAAAGCUAAGGGCGCCUCGUUCAAAUUGUCUGAAGACCCCAGUGCAGAGGAGCGCCAUGCUUCUUGCAAGGGAAACCCUGCUACCAAUGAGUGGAUCCCGUCAGCUGACACGGUGUACCCGGCGUCAGACAAGCCGAGCAGAAGCGACAGCUGAGCAAUUCAGGCGAGUGCUUUCCACCAUCAGAAUAAGGAACCACACUGGUUGUCCACGGAUCAAGAAUGCCCGUAUCUUUACUAUUCUGUGUCGAAAUUCUUGUAAUCUUUACUUGGAAAAAAAAACGAGCUAUGCACUAGAUUUCUUGUUCUGGCUGUAAAUGGCAAGGAAUAAAGUUGUAAUCGUGGUUCAGCAGUCAAUCAAUUUCUGUGUUA